AUGUUAAUUGUUUUGCUUUUAUUUUCAUUUUCAGUUUAAUUAACAUCUUAGAAAAAUGAUUAAUCAAGUGAAGACUAUAAACUUAUAAUAUUCUCAGAAUUUUGCUAUGAUUAAUUUUUUGGAGAUUCAGAGCUGAAUAAUGAAUGCAUUUCGGAUACAAUAAGCAGAACAAUUAGCAUUUUAAUGGUAGCAUUUGCUAUUAUGAAUCAAUUACCUCAAAUUCUUAAGAUAUUUAAAUCUUAAUCAACUCAAGGGAUCUCUUUUAAUUCUUAUUACACAGAAUUAUACCUAUUUUCAUUUAUAACAGCUUAUAAUAUAUAUAAACAGACAAAAUUUAUUUUGUAUGGUGAAAAUAUAAUAGUAGGUUUAGAAUAUUGUGUUGUUUUAAGUUUAUUCUUGUUUUACGAUAAAGAUUUGUCUUUUCAUUAAUGGCUGUUUAAAGCAGUUUUUUUCAUAACUAUCAAUACUCCUCUAUAUUUGGGUCUAGGACCAUAAUGGAUCUUCGAUAUGACUAUAUACAUUAACAUGAGUUUAUUGUUUAUGGCUAGAUUUUUAUAAAUAAGACUUAAUUGUAGGAAUAGAAAUACAGGAUAAUUGUCAUUGCUUACAUAAUUGUAGAACUAUGCAGGAAGCGUAGCAAGAUUAUUUACUUUGUUUAAUGAUAAUGCAGAUUUCUCAUAUAUGGUAUAUGUUUUAGAAGACAAUAUCAUGGGUACAAUACUGCUAAUUUAAAUUUUCAAUACUUGGAGAGCAGAAAGAAAAAGAAAAAGGAAUAAUCAUGAUAAUAUUACAGAGUUAACAGGCAAAGGAAUAAAAUAUGAUUAAAUCUGA